GCCCGAGACAGAGAGAGAGAGCCUCUCCGCGGCCCCCCGCGGCGCCCGCCCGCGGGGGGGCGGCGCCGCGGCCAUGGCGUCGUCCUCGUCCGGGGCCGCAGGCGCAGCCAGCAGCGCGUCAGGCGCCGCCGGGGCGGACAGCGCCGCGGGCGCCCCGGCGGACCCGCUGAGGAGCCCGCGGGGGCCGGCGGAUCUUGGUUCUCGGCAUGGCUGGUAGCGGCAAGUCGACCUGGAUGCACAGGCUGGUCAUCCGCCUGCAGUCAAUCAAGAAGCGGGUCUACACGAUAAAUUUGGACCCGGCCGUGAGGAAUGUGGCGUACCCAGUGAACGUGGAUAUCCGCGACACGGUGAAUUAUAAAGAAGUCAUGAAGCAUUUCAACUUGGGCCCGAAUGGUGGCAUCAUGACAUCCUUGAACUUAUUCGCCACGAAAUUUGAUCAAGUCUUGACCCUGCUUGAUAAGCGCGCCCCAGAUCUAGACUUUGUGCUGAUCGACACGCCAGGCCAGAUUGAGGUCUUCAAUUGGUCUGCGUCAGGGCAGAUCGUGUGCGACGCACUCGCUGUGUCCUACCCUACGCUCGUCACUUACGUGGUAGACACGGCGCAGUGCGCCAAACCCGUAACAUUCAUGUCGAAUAUGUUGUACGCGUGCUCCAUACUGUACAAGACGAAAUUGCCGUUCAUAGUAGCUUUCAACAAAAUCGACGUGACGCCGCACGAUUUUCUGCUGGAGUGGAUGCGGGACUUCGAGAAGAUCGGCGAGGCCUUGUCCAGAGACGCGGCUUGCGGACCUCCUACGUCGCCAGCCUGGCGCGCUCGAUGAGCCUGGCGAUGGAGGAGUUCUACGCCAACCUCCGCUGCGUUGGCGUGUCCGCCGUGACCGGGCAGGGCUGCGCCGACUUCGAGCGCGCCGUGGCCGAGGCCGCCGAGGA